AUGCAGGUAAUAUUUGUUUUCUUAUUACAGUGUAUGAAGUCAUACGUGGAAUUCGAGGUAUGUAACGGCGCGUACGAGGUGUCAUGUCCCGACGCAAGAUGCAGCACCAGCGCAGCGCUAUCUAUCGACGAGAUAUCGAAACUUGUUAAUAGCAAUCUCCUGGAGAAACAUAUUAAGUUCCGGAUUAAUCAUGAAGUGGCAAUGGAUGCGAUGCGUGCGUUCUGCCCGCGACCAGGCUGCGACACCAUAGUACAGGUGCGCGCAGCCAGUCCAGCUCAUUGUCCCAACUGCAAACAUGACUUCUGCUCGCAGUGCAACCAGGAGUGGCAUGGCGGAAUUACAUGUGAAGCGGCGGCUGCAUCUUCAUCAAUGGGAGGCGCCGGUGCACCCUUACUUGCUGACUCUGAAUUGAUAAAACUCUGCCCUAUGUGCCGAGUCCCCAUCGAAAAGGACGAAGGCUGUGCCCAAAUGAUGUGCAAGAGAUGCAAACACGUCUUUUGCUGGUAUUGCUUGGCCUCGUUAGAUGACGACUUCCUCCUGCGCCACUAUGACAAAGGGCCGUGUAAAAACAAACUAGGCCACUCUCGCGCAUCCGUUUUAUGGCAUCGCGCUCAGGUAGUGGGUAUAUUUGCUGGUUUCGGUUUGCUGUUGCUGGUAGCUAGUCCGUUGCUGCUGCUGGCUGCGCCGUGCAUUGUUUGCUGCAAAUGCAGAUUAUGCAAUCCAAACACAAAGAACUUAGAAGAGGUGGACGAAAUCGAAAGCAUCAGCCCCGGCCGAGAAGACGAGGACAGGACGCGGUAUCUCGCCGAAUGA